AUGACUUCUUUGCGUGUUUUGUGCAUCUCAUCUCCAAUCUUCUGUUGUAUCUUCCAGGUGAAGGAAGGAAGGACUGCUGGAGUCGAUUCAGCCAAUGCAGGGAAGUCUGUAAAGCCAGCUCCUCAAAGGAAAGACAACUCUGAGAUAAAAAGGAGUGACAGUCAAACAGAUAAAGGUAGGAAGGCAAAGAAGAGUUCUGUAGUAAAACAAUCAGAAGCCAGGAACAUAGUUGAACUCUUUAGGGAUCUACCUCAGCGUGAUCAUGGUGCAAAGCUCACUCACCUGGAAUCGAAUUUCUUUCGAUUAGGCCCCAUCCAUCCUGCUCUGUACAAGGUUGGUUUCCAAUAUCUAGCUGGGGAUAUAUCUGGUGGCAAUGCCUGGUGCAUUGCGAUGUUGCAAGCAUUUCAAGUAUCAAUCAAGGAUUAUUCUACACCACCUGAAACAAAUCUUAUUAGGGACUUGACUUGUAAAAUAAACUGUUAUGUUUCCUUUCUGAUAGAAUGUAGACCCCUUUCGAUCAGCAUGAGCAAUGCAAUUAGGUUUCUUAAGAGACGAAUUGCCAGCUUUCCCUUAAACAUCUCUGUUUCAGAAGCAAUUACCAUUCUUCUCUCUGACAUUGAUCGUUUUAUAAACGACAAGAUAAUUCUAGCAGAUAAGGUUAUUGCAAAGCAUGCUGUGUCUAAAAUUAGGGAUGGCGAUGUUCUUCUGACAUAUGCAUCGUCUUCUGCUGUUGAAAUGCUACUGCUACAUGCCCAUGAGGUUGGGAAACAGUUUCGAGUGGUGAUAGUUGAUUCACGUCCCAAGCUUGAAGGAAAAAAGCUGCUUCGCAGGCUCGUGGGGAAAGGAAUUAGUUGUACAUACACUCAUAUAAAUGUUGUUUCUUAUGUCAUGCAUGAAGUAACAAGAGUUUUUCUGGGUGCAUCUUCGGUGUUGUCAAAUGGAACUGUUUACUCAUCAAGAGUUGGCACAGCAUGUAUUGCUAUGGUUGCCCAUCAGUUCCGUGUCCCAGUCCUGAUAUGUUGUGAAGCUUACAAGUUUCACGACAGGGUUCAACUCGAUUCCAUUUCCUGUAAUGAGCUUGGUGAUGCUGAAAUGAUUUCAAUGGAUUCUGGAAGUAAUGAGAAUCUACAACCCUUGAACCUGCUCUGCUUUAUGAUGCAACACCUUCCGACUAUGUAUCAGUGAUCAUAACAGACUAUGGGUAUGGCAUGAUAGCAGCUAAAAAGGUAGCAGUUAUACUCCGAGAAAAUGAGAGAGAGUACUUGUUGAGAUAGAGCUAUGAGAAAUCCAACUGUGGAAAGGCCUUGACGAACUGACCCACCCCCAACCUAUAGAUUAACCAUUUUUUUAGUUGAUAUUACUGGCUAACAGGUUUGCACAUUUAUUAAUACAGAUAUUACAAGUGAAGAGGAAAAGAUAUACAUUAAGAAGUAGAGCUAGCAAAGAUUGAAUGAUGUUAAUUGGAAAGCAGAAUUAGGUGCUAGGAAGAUUAUUUAUUCCGAAUGUAUAAAUUUGUUUUUUAUAACAUGCGCGUGAUAUAAUAUCUUGUUAGAUAUUUGAAUUAUGCAAA